CCUUCUUGCUUUUCUACCACCAUUGUUCAUUGCAAGAGCUCACUAACAGUAAUCAAAGAACUACCUAAACAAUGAGUGCUGGCAUGUUUCCCUAUGCAAGUGAUUUUGCCAUUUAUGGCGGAAAUUUUACUGUCAUCACAAAUGAUGAUAGCCAUAAGAUACACAAAUGGCUCAAUGCACCAGAUUGUUCAGCCAAUUUUGUGACUGCAGCAGACAACAGAUGCUCAGGCACUGGCCAAUGGAUAUUUGAACUUGAUGCAUACAAGGAAUGGGGAUCUAACCAUGGCAUUCUGUGGAUUCAAGGACCAGUUGGGUCAGGAAAGACCUUUCUACUCACAACAAUCAUUCAACACCUGGAAAAGAUGAACCAAAGAAGUCCUAUCUGGUAUCAUUAUUUUGAUACCCGGGAUAACACAGAGUCAAAGACCACAUAUAAGGGGUUCUUGUUGUCUUUGGUUCAGCAAAUGGGACUAUCAAGUGAGAGCAUCCAUCCUGCUCUCAACACCCUUCACAAGUCAAAGCCAUUUGGGCAACUCACAAAGCAGGAACUUGAGAACAUAUUGGAAACAAUGAUCAAAGACAGAAAUGAUAUGACCAUUGCUGUUGAUGCAUUGGAUGAAUGCCAAAAGGCAGAUGCAGACAAGGUGUUAAAUUGGCUGGCUGCAUCCUCAAAUCAGUUGCAGAUUGUUGUGACAAGCAGACUGAAACCAAAAUUGGUUGUACAAAAUCUGCUUCAAAUUCAACUUGGUAGUUCAAAGUCAAGAAUUGAUGAGGAUAUUGCAAGUUACAUUGAGCUCAAGAUUCGUGAUCAACCACAGUUCAAAGGUGACAUUAUUGGAGAAAUAAAGGAUACAUUGAACAAAGGUGCUCAAGGAAUAUUUCGCUGGGUUGACUGCCAAAUGAUGGAGUUGCAGAAAUGCAGGAGGAAGAGGGAUGUAAAAGAAGCUUUGAAGACAUUACCUGCGACUCUUACAGAAACAUAUGACCAGGCUUUGGGAAGGUUGACAGAAGAAGAAAAAAAAGACGUACAACAUCUACUUCUGUGGCUUCUUUAUGCUUUUGAGCCAUUGACCAGGAGAAAAGCCAAUGAAAUAUGGAAAAUUGACCUCUUGGAGCAGAAGUUUGAUCCAGAUGAAAUGGACCUUCAGGUGGAGGAGGUUAUUCCCUCUGCAUUUGUGACUGUAGGACAGGAUGAUAUCAUUCAACUAGCCCAUGCAUCAGUCAAGGAAUAUCUCAUUUCAUAUUGGGAAUCCAAAGAGAUGAGUGAUUCAUUGUCAAUCAAUGAACACUUAGCACAUGAUAUAAUGACUCAAACAACUAUCAUUUACCUCAUGCAACAUCAGAAGGCUUCAUUUGAUAGGGAGGGUUUGGUGGCUUAUGCAGUAGAGUAUUGGCUCUCACAUGCAUCAAAGGUGGAGGAGUUUAAAGUAGAAGGCCAAAGUCAGAAUCUGAUAUGUGCAAUUUUGGAAGACAAUGUACAGUUUUCAAAAUGGGAAGAAAUGUACAAUGAGCAUAUUACUUUUAUGACAGAUUGUACAGUAGGCCCAUUAUACUAUGGAGCCCUCAAUGGAUUGUAUGGGGCUGUGAGUCAUCUCAUACAAAGUGCUCAUAACCUGAAGAAAUAUGUUAAUGCAUCAGAAAUUGCUCUCCAGGCAGCCUCCUUCAAGGGGCAUAAGUCCACUGUGAAGUUGUUGCUGGAAAAUCAUGUGGAUGUGAAUGCACAAAGGGGGCACUUUGGAAAUGCACUCUAUUUAGCUUCAUAUAAUGGGCAUGAGUUCAUUGUGGAGUUGCUGCUGCAAAAUAAUGCUGAUGCUAAUGUACAAGGAGAAUACUAUGGGAAUGCUCUCCAGGCAGCCUCAUUUAAUGGGGAUGAGUUCAUUGUGAAGUUGCUGCUGGAACAUAAUGCAGAUGUGAAUGCACAAGGGGGAUACUAUGAGAAUGCUCUGCAGGCAGCCUCCUUAAAGGGGAAUGAGUCUAUUGUGAAGUUGUUACUGGAAAACAAUGCUGAUGUUAAUGCACAAGGGGGGCUCUUUGGAAAUGCUCUGCAGGCAGCCUCCUUAAAGGGGAAUGAGUCUAUUGUGAAGUUGCUGCUGGGAAGUAAUGCUGAUGUUAAUGCACAAGGGGGGUCCUAUGGAAAUGCUCUCCAGGCAGCCUCAUGUAUGGACCAUGAGUCCAUUGUGAAGUUGCUGCUGGAAAAUGAUGCUGAUGUUAAUGCACAAGGGGGGUACUAUGGGAAUGCUCUCCAGGCAGCCUCAUAUACAGGCCACAAUGUCAUUGUAAAGCUGCUGAUGGAAAAUGAUGCUGAUGUUAAUGCCCAAGGGGGGUCCUAUGGAAAUGCUCUCCAGGCAGCCUCAUGUAUGGACCAUGUGUUCAUUGUGAGAUGGCUGCUGGAAAAUAAUGCUGAUGUUAAUGCACAAGGGGGGGAAUAUGGGACUGCUCUGUAUGCAGCCUCAUGUAAGGGGCAUGAAUCCCUUGUGCAAUUGCUCCUGGAAAACAAUGCUAAUGUCAAUGCACAAGGGGGAGGAUAUGGGCAUGCUCUCCUGACAGCCUCCUCAAAUGGGUAUGAGUCCAUUGUGAAGUUGCUGCUGGAAAAUAAUGCUGAUGUUAAUUCACAAGGUGGUGAAUAUGGGAUUGCUCUCCAUGCAGCCUCAUAUAUGGGCCAUGUGAACAUUGUGAAGUUGCUGCUGGAACAUAAUGCUGAUGUUAAUGCCCAAGGGAAUUAUGGUGGAAAUGCUCUCCAGGCAGCCUCAUUUACUGGGGAUGAGUUCAUUGUGAAGUUGCUGCUGGAACAUAAUGCAGAUGUGAAUGCACAAGGGGGAUACUAUGGGAAUGCGCUUCAAGCAGCCUCUGUAAAGGGGUAUGAGUUGAUUGUGAAGUUGUUGUUGGAAAAUAAUGCUGCUGUCAAUGCACAAGGGGGGGAAUAUGGGAAUGCACUCCAGGCAGCCUCAUUGAAUGGGCAUGAGUCCAUUGUGAAGUUGCUGCUGGAACAUGAUGCGGAUGUGAAUGCACAAGGGGGAUACUAUGGGAAUGCUCUGCAGGCAGCCUCAUAUAAUGGCAAUGAGUCCAUUGUAAAGUUGCUGCUGGAAAAUGAUGCUGACAUCAAUAUGCAAGGGGGAUACUUGGGGAAUGCUCUCCAAGCAGCCUCAUUGAAUGGGAAUGAGUCCAUUGUAAAGUUGCUGCUGGAAAAUAGUGCUGAUGUCGAUACACAAGGCAGAGAAUAUGGGAAUGCUCUCCAGGCAGCCUCAAUCCAGGGCGAUGAGAACAUUGUGCAAUUACUGCUGCAAAAUGGUGCACUCCAUUGA